GGUUGCGCCUCCUGGUGAACUGCAGUCCCCGGCAACGCGCAGGCUUCCAGCGCCUCUUAACGGGUUUAGUGGUAGCCGCGAUUAUUCCCGGAUUAAAGUGAAACCAGUUACCGCGGGACUGGAGCUGAGUUCUUGUUGUGGAAGUUUGGUGCAAGUUUCCCGCAGACGGAGCGGACAGCUGAAGGACUUUAAAGCCUGUGGUCAUGGAAUAGAGGAGCGGAGUGGAGUCAGGCGUUAGGCCUGCGGAGAACUAACGUCAGCUAGCCGAGCUGUCUAGCAUUGUUUGGGUCGCUGCGCUAACUAGCUAGGCGCUAUUUUCGUUAGCAUAACACAUAGCCAGCCAGCACUGCUAGCUUGUUUUGAUGCGGAUAUAUUCAAAGAAGCUGCUGAAGUCCACUGCUCGUUUCCUGAAGUUUGGUUAAGUUUUAAGUUUCCUGUGAGCUAACGUUGGUAGUCCAGAAAGUAGCGAGCGACCUCUUUGUCGUAACGUACAAAGUCGAGCUUGUUUUGCAGAGGGAUGAUUUAUGUGCGAAAUUAGUCUGUAUUUUAGGAAUAAUUGCAUGUGGAUGACCAAACACCAGUUAGACGCAGUUCAGAAAGCACAGCCUCUCUGCCCCUCGGCGGGACGACACUUCACAGCUAGAGUCCUUCACACCCCGUCCCACCAACCACAGUCUCCUGUCUUCGGCCGGCUUCGGUGGCUGGCCACUCGGCACUGAGUGCCCCAUGGAGGAACAUGACAACAUGGACUAUUUUUACCAGCAGGUACUGCAGAAAGACGUUACCCGCAGACUGCAGGUCGGCCAGGACCUCAUCGACUACCUGAACGACCCGCAGCGGUCCCCGGACGUGGAGCAGGACAAACCCCGGCUGGAUAAGACCAUCGACGAGUUAACAGGAUGGGUGAACUCCAGCAAUUUCAAGGUGGCGUUGUUGGGGAUAGACAUCUGUGGUGCAUUUGUGGAUCGCUUGGGAGAACGAUUCAAAGGAUACCUUGGCACAGUCUUGCCAGCUCUGGUGGACAGGCUGGGUGAUGGGAAGGACCAGGUCAGGGAAAACAGCCAAGCGCUCAUCCUCCGCUGCAUGGAGCAGACUGCCUCGCCCAUGUAUGUUUGGGAAAGACUGCUUCCUGGUUUCAAACACAAGAACUUCCGUAGUCGAGAAGGAAUCUGCCUCUGUCUCAGUGCCACCCUUAGCACGUAUGGAGCCCAGCCACUGAGCCUCAGUAAAAUAGUUCCUCAUCUCUGCUCUCUUACUGGAGACCAAAACCCACAGGUACGUGAAGCUUCCAUAACAACACUGGUGGAUGUUUAUCGUCAUGUUGGAGAGAGAGUCAGAGCAGACCUGGGAAAGAGAGGACUUCCAGCUGCACGGUUACAGACAAUAUUUGCUCGUUUUGAUGAAGCCUUGAAUUCAGGCAACAUGGCUCUCAGCCCGAGUCACGAUCGUAGUUUCGAAGAUGAUGAUAGUGUGGAUGGAAAUCGCUCUUCCUCAGCCCAGGCUGCCUUCAAGGUUCCCAAAGUUCCCAAGAAGCCUGCAGAGUCCUCCGCUGCACGCAGGCCCAGCGCUACUGGUGGCAAACUAGUGUCCAAGGAAAGUGCCGGGGCAGUUGAUGAAGAGGAUUUCAUUAAAGCCUUUACAGAUGUCCCUACUGUCCAGAUCUACUCAUCAAGGGACCUUGAGGACAACCUGAAUAAGAUCCGCGAGAUCUGCUCCGAUGACAAACACGACUGGGACCAGAGAGCCAACGCUCUGAAGAAAAUCCGCUCGCUGUUGGUGGCAGGCGCGCCGAGCUACGAUUGUUUUUACCAGCACCUAAGGCUACUAGAUGGAGCCUUCAAACUGUCCGCUAAAGACCUGCGCUCACAAGUGGUCCGAGAGGCCUGUAUCACUGUGGCCCACCUCUCGUCAAUAUUGGGGAAUAAGUUUGACCACGGGGCAGAAGCCAUCGUUCCCGUCCUGUUUAAUCUCAUCCCCAACUGUGCCAAAGUCAUGGCCACCUCUGGUGUGUCGGCUAUCCGCAUCAUAAUACGGCACACCCAUGUUCCCAGGCUCAUCCCCCUGAUAACCAGCAACUGCACAUCCAAGUCUGUGGCUGUAAGAAGGCGCUGUUAUGAUUUCUUGGACCUUCUGCUGCAGGAAUGGCAAACCCACUCUCUGGAAAGGCACACAGCAGUUCUGGUUGAGAGCAUCAAAAAGGGAAUUCGAGAUGCCGACUCGGAGGCCAGAGUGGAGGCCCGCAAAGCCUACUGGGGGCUGAGGAACCACUUUCCAGGAGAAGCCGACGCUCUCUACAACUCCUUGGAGUCGUCGUACCAAAGGACUCUUCAGUCCUGCCUGAGGAGCUCUGGCAGCGUGGCCUCACUUCCCCAGAGUGACCGCUCCUCUUCUUCCUCUCAAGAGAGCCUCAAUCGGCCUCUGUCCUCGAAAUGGUCAGCAGCUCCAGGGCGAGUCCCUGCGGGUUCAAAGGGUGGGCUGUCGUCGGCCUCCCUGCAGCGUUCCCGUAGCGACGUGGAUGUAAACGCAGCAGCGGUUGCUAAGAGCCGGCACGUCGGAACAGCCGGGAGAGCGGGCCGCCUGCCCCCUGGCUCCUACUCCUCACUGGGGACCAGAUCAGACAAUGGCCGUGUACGCACCAAGCAGCCCUUGUCUACUGCCAGCAGCGUGUCCAGCCAGGUGGACUCACGAGGACGCAGCCGCACCAAGAUGGUCUCCCAGUCGCAACCCGGCAGUCGGAGCGGCUCGCCGGGUCGUGUGCUGACGAGUACGGCCCUGAGCACCAUGAGCUCCGGGGCCCACAGGGUGCUGGCUACACCCAGCGGGGAUGGACACAGACGCAGCCGCAUCCCACGCAGCCAGGGCUGCUCCAGAGACUCGUCUCCUACCCGCCUGUCUGUUGCUCCUUCUAGCAUUAGUUCCAUCUACAACGGAGCAAGCAGAGGAGCUCGGGGCAGUCGUAUCCCUCGGCCCAGUAUGAGUCAGGGCUGCAGCAGAGAGGCCAGCAGGGAGAGCAGCCGGGACACCAGCCCCGUACGCUCCUUCACGCCCCUUGCAACACGGAGCUACUCUCGCUCCACCGGAGCUCUCCACACACCUGACGCUUUUGGGGCUGCAGGAUCAGGUUUUGGCAUCAGUCAGUCUAGUCGUCUUUCUUCUUCAGUCAGUGCCAUGAGGGUCCUCAACACUGGCUCAGAUGUAGAAGAGGCACUCGCAGAUGCACUGCUGUUGGGAGACAUGAGAUCUAAGAAGAAGCCAGCACGGCGGCGGUAUGAGAACUACGGCAUGUAUUCUGACGACGAUGCCAACAGCGACGCAUCCAGCGCCUGUUCAGAGAGGUCUUACAGCUCCAGGAAUGGGGGAGCCAUCCCCACCUACAUGAGACAGACAGAAGAUGUGGCUGAGGUGCUCAACCGCUGUGCCAGUGCCAACUGGUCCGAGAGAAAGGAAGGGCUAUUGGGCCUACAGGCACUGCUCAAGAACCAGCGCACCCUCAGUCGGGUAGAGUUGAAGAGGCUGUGUGAAAUCUUCACCAGGAUGUUUGCGGACCCUCACAGUAAGCGAGACUCCGGCAGGGUGUACGGCACGGCAGAAUCCGGUAUAAGCUCAGCCUCCUUCAAGAGAGUGUUCAGUAUGUUCCUGGAGACGCUGGUAGAUUUCAUCCAGGUCCACAAGGACGACCUGCAGGACUGGUUGUUUGUCCUGCUUACACAGCUGCUGAAGAAGAUGGGAGCAGAUCUGCUGGGCUCCGUACAGGCCAAAGUUCAGAGAGCCCUGGACAUCACAAGAGAAUCUUUCCCCAACGAUCUCCAGUUUACGAUCCUCAUGAGGUUCACUGUGGACCAGACACAGACGCCCAACCUCAAGGUGAAGGUGGCUAUUCUAAAGUACAUAGAGACGCUGACGUUACAGAUGGAAGCUCCAGACUUUGUGAACUCCAGUGAGACUCGGCUGGCUGUCUCUCGCAUCAUCACCUGGACGACUGAACCCAAGAGCUCUGAUGUCAGAAAGGCAGCCCAGUCGGUGUUAAUUGCCCUGUUCCAGCUCAACACUCCAGAGUUCACCAUGCUGCUGGCAGCUCUGCCCAAAACCUUUCAGGACGGAGCCACUAAGCUGCUUCAAAACCACCUGAAGAACACUGGCAACGCUGCACAGGCACCAAUGGGCAGUCCUUUGACCCGCCACACUCCCCGAUCUCCAGCCAGCUGGUCCAGUCCAGUCACUUCUCCCACUAACACAUCCCAGAACACCCCCUCACCAAGUGCAUUUGACUAUGACACAGAAAACAUGAACUCGGAGGACAUUUACAGCUCACUGAAAGGUGUCACUGAGGCCAUCCAGAACUUCAGCGUUCGCAGCCAAGAAGACAUGAAUGAACCAGUCCAACGACGAGAAGGAGAGGAGGGGGGCAGCGGGUCAGACGGCAGAGGUUCAGACUUGGUGGACGGUGGUCGCAUGGCUCUGGACAACAAAACGUCCCUCCUCAACACCCCACUGCUUUCUUCCAGCCCCCGAGGGGCCCGCGAGCACUUCUCCGACUCUCCCUUCAAACACAGCCGCAAAGACACCAGCAUGGACGACUCGGAGCAUCUCACUGACGACAGCAGCCUGGACCAAUCAGAGCUGGUGGCCGAGCUGCUCAAGGAGUUGUCCAAUCACAACGAGCGCAUCGAGGAGAGGAAGGCAGCGCUGUGUGAGCUGCUGAAGCUGAUUCGUGAAAACACCCUGCAGGUGUGGGACGAACACUUCAAGACCAUCCUGCUGCUCCUGCUCGAGACGAUGGGUGACAGAGAGCAUGUGAUCCGAACGCUGGCUCUGCGGGUGCUGAGGGAGAUUCUCAGCAAGCAGCCCUGGAGGUUCAAGAACUACGCAGAGCUCACCAUCAUGAAGGCCCUGGAGGCUCACAAAGACCCUCACAAGGAGGUGGUACGAGCAGCAGAGGAGACAGCAGCCAUGUUGGCCCUGUCCAUCAGUCCAGACCAGUGCAUCAAGGUGUUGUGUCCCAUUAUCCAGUCAGCUGAUUACCCCAUCAACCUGGCUGCUAUCAAGAUGCAGACAAAAGUGGUGGAACGGGUUCCUCGUGAAGGCCUGAUCAGCAUGUUGCCUGAGAUCGUGCCGGGACUCAUACAGGGUUACGACAACUCUGAGAGCAGCGUGAGGAAAGCCUGUGUGUUCUGCCUGGUGGCCAUCCACGCAGUGAUAGGAGAGGACCUCAAACCGCACCUCAGCCAACUCUCCAGCAGCAAGCUGAAGCUGUUGAAUUUGUACAUCAAGCGCGCCCAGUCCGGCUCCACCGGCAGCGAACCCUCGUCUGAGGGCCUAUAGGAGACACAGCGCCGUCCCACAGGACAACCACAGAACUGCAACUACACCCUCCAAACAUCAAACAUCUGUUCAUGAAAUCACACCCACACAGGCCGAGAACAAAACACGGAUCGAAUCGCUCUCACACGAGCAACCUGCGUACAUCCACAGCAGACACAGCGUAUACACACACACAUUCGUAGGUACACAAAGUCCUCAUACGUUUCCCGCCUCGCUGCAAGAUGGGAGUGAUGACAAGGAGAGGAGUGUUGUAGUUCUCUCCCCCCCCCCCGAUCCCUGACUGAACUGAACCCUUACAUUUGGAUUAAACAUAAACAGACUUGCAGUCACAUACUCCUCCCAGGUUCGUCACUGAUCACUCGAGGAUGAAGAUAUGAAAUGUCCGUCCUGUCCACUCUGCUUUCUAUCCAGAACACAACAGUGUCCCUUCUGAACAACAUCGUGAUGUCAACAGCAAACGGAGCAUCUGCAUGGUUCUCAUUUUUCUGUGGGGGUGGGGGGGGUGGGGGGUAAUAUUUCAUCAAACAGCACUGCGAUGAACAAAACGGUGCUGUCUUUGUUUGCUUCUUGAACAGUGAGUAACUGGGGCCAGGUAGACGGGAAUGUAAAUUUACAUUGUGUCAUAGUUUGGAUUUACUUUACGCAAUGAGGUUUUACUGCAGUGGUUUUUAAUACCUGGAGUUUUGUCUCUUCCUCACACAUCAACACGCGUUCUCUCUUUCAAAAAGGUGCUGAUGAGCCUGAAGAAAGGUACGACCGACCAACCCUGCACAGCACUAACGCAAGUCACAGCGGGUCACGCCUGCUCAUAGCAAAUACAGUACAUAGACAGGUUCCAAACAUAGGAGGCGUUAUGUGCUUGGCUAUGCAUGAGACUAAACUUAAAGAAUAACUUUUUAUUGGGGUCCUAUUGACAGUCAGAAUAACGUGACUGGGGGUUUUAAAUUAAUGUGAACAAUGUCCACCCCUUUCAGAUAAAUCCAUGAUGUCCUCUAUUUGUCCCAGCUCAUCUUGGAUCACUUCUGGGCAACAUGGGGAGGAAAAUGGGUGCGUGCUGCUUACUACAUGAAGUAUGACCAGACAUGGCUUAUUAUCACAUAGUGGAUAUGUAUCUAUAUAUGAUAUUAAAA